GGAACAACAAUCGAAACUUUCACCUCAACAUGGACUUUUCGAUCGUUUUCGUAUUAUCGUCAUUGCACUCGUUUUCGUAAGAUGGCGGUCGUUGCAUACAACACACCGGCACUCUCGCGCAUCUUGGUUUCCCAGUAAACGCCAUGUAUUACUGCACGUAAGUUCGACCGCGUCGAGAGGUUAUGUGUGUAACAAGCGUUCAUGUAAACUCGCGUGAGUCUAACGUUUCGACAAAAUAUUGAAUUUGACACUGAAACGACACUUUGAAACGUCAUAAAAAUCAUGGAAACUGAAUCGAAAGAGCUUGUGCCGAGAGAUCAUUCGACCGAUGAAACAAACACACAAGAUGAAGUAAACAAUGAAGAAACAUCAUCCGCUACGAACAUUUCUGAUUCUUCUGAUACGUCAAAAGCGAAUACCACGCGGCUUACGAAUUCGACAAGUGAUUUGUCGUCGAAAAAUCCCAUUGACUUUGACAAUGUUGGAACUUUCAAGAAACCAACCAACAUAAUAAUCGGUCUAAAACGUGCUCUGUCGCAGAAAAAUUCAAAAAUAUCCCCUUCGACGGACACCACACGUCUGUCUGGAAAUAAUAACGCUCGCUGCUCAGAUCGCGAUAUUAUCAAGUCUCAACAACACUCGAAAGAAAUUUCGCUAUAUAUAGAACCAUCUUGGGGAGGAAAGCCACAAGAGAAUUAUAAAAUUGAAGUACUCAAGUCUGGAAUGAUCAUCGAGACGAUUUCGCUGGCAGAACAAAGUUUCUACAGUAUCGGUCGCUUACCUACCUGUCAUUUGACGCUUGUCCAUCCUACCAUCUCAAGAUUUCAUGCAAUUUUACAGUAUAGGUGUCGCCCAGAUAAUGAAAACGACAAAGGUUUUUACGUGUUCGAUUUGGGAAGUACUCACGGUACCUUUUGGAAUGGAAACCGUAUAAAACCCAACAUUUACGUAAGGGUACAAGGAGGUCACAUACUCAGAUUCGGUUGCAGUCAAAGAAGGUACAUUCUACAAGCUCCGCCAGGAGACGAAGAAGAGGAGUCUCCCUGUACUUUGACAGAGUUGAAGGAAAUGAGAGCAUCCCAAUUGGAAAAACAGCAACACGAUAAAGACAAACCCGUCGAAAAACCCAUCGACGAAAAUGAAAGCGAAGGCAUCGAUUGGGGAAUGGGUGAAGACGCGGAUGAAGAAACAGACCUACAGGAAAAUCCCUAUGCUUCUAUCACAGACGACGACUUGGUUCUAGAGGAUCCUAAAAAGACUCUCAGAGGAUGGUUCGAAAGAGAAGGAUACGACCUUCAUUAUCAAGCAGAGGAAAAGGGAUUCGGACAAUUUUUGUGUUGGGUGGAUCUUCCUACCGAAGAUGUUGUUGGCCGUUCGAUAAGAGCGGAAGCUCUUGUAAGAGGUAAAAAGAAAGAAGCAGUUGUUCAAUGCGCGUUGGAAGCCUGCAAAAUUUUAGAUAAAUAUGGAUUGUUGAGGCAAGCAAAUCACGAAGCGAGAAAAAGGAAAACGCGAAAUUGGGAAGCAGAAGAUUAUUACGAUUCGGACGAAGAUAAUUUUUUGGAUAGGACAGGAUCCGUAGAAAAGAAGCGUGAACAGAGGAUGAGAUUAGCCGGAAAGUUGGAAGAAAAGACAGAGACAUACGAUUCCUUGCUGAAAAAGCAUAAGCAAGUUACCGAACGAAUAUCACAUUUGUCAACUUCGAUUGAAAAUUGGCAAAAUGCGACUAACGCGAAGGACGAUGCGACCGAAGAGGAUGCGUUGGAUGCUUUUAUGUCGAGCUUAAGUUCGUCCGCGUUGACUAAAAGUGACGUUGCUAAGAUGAAGUUGGAACUGCAAAAUCUCCGAAAAGAAGAGACAGGUUUGCUUAAAUUAUUAAACCUGAUACAACCAGUAAAUCUACCAGCUCUUUCCUACCGCGAUACUACGGAUAGUAGUCAAACUAUUACUACCAAAGGUGAAACAGCUGUGGAUCAUACGCAAAAUACAUCAGUUGAAACAAAAAAAAUUCACAGUCCGUUACCUAGUCAGAAAAAAGUGAGCGAGGAACAAAUGAAUCAACAUGCGGUCACAAGCAGCAAAUUAUUGGAAUCGAAUGCCAUUUCCAACACCGCGGUAGAGACAGAAGCUACAGAGGAAAUGGACAGCGACGACAAUGACGAGUUAAUCUCGAAUACGCUCGAUGACAAAAAUAACGUCGAAUCGCAAAGUUCCGAUAGUGCAGCAACUGUUGCUGCUAAAGACGAAUCUUUCGAGAAACACGAGGAGCAACAAGAGCCUGAAAUUCAAACGAUGACGAAGAAGCCUCGACUGGAACAAACGAAAGAAAUGCAUUGCGACGAGGACGUACACGCUGAUAAUUACUCAACUUGGGUUCCACCAUCGGAUCAAGCAGGCGACGGGAAAACGAGUCUCAACGAAAAAUAUGGCUAUUAAGAUAAAACUGUUCUCGCAACAGACUAGAACAAUCGUCGACCUUUUCGAAACACAGUUUUACCGCAUAACGUACGAUGUAAAUAUACUGUAUUGUACGAUUUACUCAUUUGUCAUACGAUAUAGAUACGGCACUAUACAUAAUAUAUGUACGUGUACAAACACAUUUAUAUCGUAUCGAUUUAUCGUUUGAUUUUAUAAAUUUAUCUUUAGGGAAUUUAUAAUUUAUCGAGUCUUUAUGUACGAUUUAUUUGAAAGUUAAUGCCAGAAUAAAUCGCCUAUAUAUUAUCGUAAUUAAAAAAGAAAAAA